UCACAAAACAGCGAGUAGUUAGUACUAGUAGUGUAUUUAAGCUGACUCCACUUCUAUAGCCCUAAACAUAUAUUUACUAGCAUGACUUUAAUUUUUCCUUUGAUUUUUUUUUGUCUUUUUGGCUGAGCUUUUGACUUUUGAGAAAGGCAUCCCUAGAUUUUGGUAUCUGAUUCAUUAAUUCAUUCAUUUUGGAAGUGAAAAAAUCUCAAAACAUUUUUCCAAUUGGUUCCGUUCCAUAUCUCCUCCUCUUGGUCCUCGGCGGUGGGUGGUUUUCAGUUGCUGUUGAAAGGAAGGAGAAGGGGGAGGAAGGACGGAGCAGAUGCUGCCGAGAUUGAUCCAGCCAAGGGAAGGCGUAAUAAUCCAGGAAGAGCAUAUCAAUAACAGUAGCAGCAAUAGGACUACUGCUGGAGUAGGGAUUGGGGCAAUUGGGGUUGGGGUAGGAGACCCCUGUCUCGUCUUAACUUCCGAUCCCAAGCCUCGCCUUCGAUGGACAGCUGACCUUCACGAUCGCUUUGUUGAUGCCGUUGCUCAACUUGGCGGCCCAACCAAAGCUACUCCAAAGGCUAUAAUGAGGACAAUGGGUGUAAAGGGACUCACUCUUUUCCAUUUGAAAAGUCACCUCCAGAAAUACAGACUAGGACUUGCUGCUGCUUAUCUUUUAGAGAGUCCUCAUGCGAAUAAGUCUCCGCAAAGCUUGCCAGACUCUGACAUGAACGAGGGUUAUGAGGUGAAGGAGGCAUUGAGGGUUCAGAUGGAAGUCCAAAGUAAACUGCACUUGCAAGUUGAAGCAGAAAAGCACCUGCUUAUUCGCCAGGAUGCUGAGCAGAGGUAUAUGGCCAUGUUGGAGAGGGCUUGCAAAAUGCUAGCAGAACAAAUUGUUGGAUGUACAAUUAGAGGCCCUGACAGAGAGGAUUAUCAAGGAUUGGGAACAAAGACACAGAUUGGUGCAUCACAUAAUGCUUAUGGACUGCAACCCUCAGAAUCUGCUGAGGUUAGAAGAAUCCAUAGUCCUGAAGAAGUGAUUCGACAGAUCAAGCAGUGUGCUGAUUGCUCCACUGAAAGCUGCUUAACUUCACGUGAUAACCCUGCAGGAUUAUGUCCAGGAGGGUCGCCAUCACCUGGAGGAAAGAAACGCUUUUUAAGCAUGGAUUCAGCAUCUGCUUCCUUUAUAUAUGGGUGAUCCAAACUUGAGAAGAUCCAAUGUGUGUUAUAGUUUAGUUCUCAAGGAAUCACUGGAGUUGGUGUAUCAUGACACAACGUAGUUUAUGGUCUUUCGGUGGCUGUGAUCAUAGUUAGAUAUGUUUAGAUAUUCUUUCAUCAAAAUAUAACACACUAAUGUGGGGUCUUUUCUGCAAUAUGUGGAUGAAACAGGAACAGGCCUGAUUUCUGAGGGUGACUUCUGACUCUGUUCAUGCUGUAAAUUAGUGCUAGUGCAGUUCUAAUAUUGCAAGUCAGGAACCUAAAUUUUAUGUUUUCUUUAAUUUCCAACGAUACUUUUCUAUCCUUUUUUGUAUAAAUACCAUUCUCGAUUUGUUGCUUUAA